GCACCGCGUCGCCACCAACAGCAACGAGGCCCUGCGGCGCGAGAUCGACGGCCUCAAGAAGGAUAGCAAGGCGCUGCAGCGCUCGGCCUCGACAGGUGCCGCGGGCGCGGAGGAGGCGCGCGGCAGCGACAGGGUGGCGCAGCUGCGGGGCCUCAUCGCGAAGCUGGAGGCCAUGGGCAGCUCGGGCGAAGCCAUGGUGUCGCUCCUGGCGUCCUGCCGCAGCGAGAUGGCGCGUUGUCAGGAGGAGCUGCGACUGGCCAAGCCGCCGCGCGAGCAGAUGCGGGCGACCGACGCCAAGCUGGGCGAGUUGGACAAGCGCAGCGUGGCGAAGCAGGAGCAGGUUGCCAAGCGGAAGGAGGCCCUCGCCAGCGCCGAGAAGGAGCUCGAGGCGGCGCUGGCCGAGCGAGCCGCCCUCGGCGCGGAGCGAACCAAGGUCGCAGCGACCCGCCUGGCUGAGCUUGCGUCCAAGGCCGCUACGCCUGCGGAGCGAGGGCGGCUCUUCCUGGACUCUAUCGGCAACCUCAAGGCCGCGGUGGUGGGCCAGGUUCCCUCCGAGGUCGCGGCCACGGCGCAGCUCGUCGAGGAGUGGGGCAAGCAGGAGGCCGCCACCGUCGUCGCCGCGACACCCGGGCCAGGCGGCGCAGGAGGCGGCGCCAGCGCGGCGCCCGUCGAGGUCUUUGCCAGCCAGGGCGAGGCUGACGCCGCGGACGCGGCGAUGGACGACGCUCCGGGGUCGGCCCUGGCUGCGGAUCUGGCGGGCCCCGACGGCGAUGGCGACCGCCCUGCCUCGGGCCUCAGCCGCGAGAGCGGCGCCGUCGCUGCAGCCCGCGCCAAGGCAGGAGGUGACAGCCGCAGUGGCAGCGGCGGGGUCAUCACGAGAAGCGACAGCGGCGGCGCGCCCGUGCCCCUGCGCCUCGACGCGCUGAUCCCCGCAAGCGGCCCCGCCGCCCGCGCGGCGUCCGAGCGCGCCGCCGAUGGGGGCGGGCCCGCGCGGGGAGUGCGGCAGCUGCCCCAGCCGCCCCGAGGGCGCAGCCCCGAGGCAGCCAGCCUGGCAGCGACGCGCCCGCCCGAGGGGGAGGAGGCUGGCGCUGGGUUCGUGGAGAGCCACCGCGCGGACGCGUGGCUCGCCCAGGAGGCGCACCUCCACGCGCGCGGCAUCGGCGCGCAGGGGGCGUGGCGCAGGCGCGCGGGGGUGAAGGCUGUCCUUGCGCCUGGCGCGGCUGGCAGUGGCGGCGCGGAGGGCGCCCGCGCGGCCUCGGGCGGCGUCGGAGUCGCCGCCCUCGCCGCGCGCGGCCUGGCCAACGCCGGCGCGGAGGGCGGCGCGGCCGCGUGGCCUGCGGCGACGGGCGCGGCGUCGGCGCGGCGACGGACGCGGUCCGCCGCGGCGGCAUCGCCCUCGUCUGGCGAAGCACCCAGCGCCCCGAGCGCCAAGCCGACGAAGGUCAAGAACCAGGCGGCGGACCUCUGCUUGGACGGUCUGGCCGCGGCGCGGGCGGCGAAGAGGCGUCGCGCCAAGGCCCGCGGGCAGCUUGGGCGGGCGGCGGGCGCGCGUCGCCAGUCCAUCAGCGCAGCCGCGCGCCUGCUCGUGGGCGGCCUCCAGGCCCGGGCCACGAGCGAGCUCGAGCAGUGGCGGUCAGCGGCCGGGUCGCUCGCCUUCGGCGGCGCGCGGGGCCGCUCGCUGCAAGUGGGCUUCGCGCCGGCCGCCGCGCCCUGGCGCGACCCUUGGUGCUCGCAGGCCGAGCAGGCGCUCGUGGCGCGGGGCCGCGGGCUCGCGCGGGGCCACCCCGACGCCGCCAACGACGCGAUGUGGGCGCGGCGGCGCGCCGCGGAGGAUCGCCUCGAGCAGGGGCCUGGCGCCCUGGCGGGGCGCGGCCCCGCGGCGGCGGCGCGGCUCGCGCUCGAACGGCUGGGCUGGAGCUCCACGGCGAUGCGUCGCUGGGCUGCAGGCGGCGGCCCGACGCUGAAGCUCGAGGGGAUCGGCGGCCACGCGCUCCGCAGGCGCAUCCGCGACUCGCACCAGCG